AUGAUCCUGGCGCCGAUCCGAAAUUCUUUUGGUCAUUCGCACUCUCCUGUUCUUGAUUUCCUCUAUGCAAAAAGGGAAUCACGUGGCUUCACACGCAUUCUUCUGAGCAUUAACGGAUGUGCUACCAAUACAACAUGCCACCCUGAAAAAUUACAAACAGAAAAAAACGAAACUUUUCUGUUUCUCUCACUCUCUCUUUUUCUUUCUCUCUCUCUUUCUUUUUCUCACUCUUUCUUUCUCUCUCUCUUCCUCUCUCUUUUCUCUCUGUCUCUGUUUCUCUUUCUCUCUCUUUUCUCUCUGUCUCUUUUUCUCUCUCUUUUUUCUUUUCCUCUCACUUUUCUUUUCCUCUCUCUCUUUUCCCUUUUCUCUCUCUCUUUUUUCUUUUAUCUAGCUCUCUCUUUUUCUUUGCUCUCUCUCUCUUUUUCUCCCUUUCUCGCUAACUCAUUCUUUUUCUUUCAUCUUUCUUUUUUCCACUUUUCUGCCAUAUUUCUUUCUUUCUUUCUUUCUUUCUUUAUUUAUUUAUUUAGUUUACUUUCUCUGUCCAUCUCUCUUGUUCUUUUGCCACCCUCUCUGCUUUACCUUUGGUCUUAUUUUCCCCUUUUUCUACCAUUUGUCUUUUUUCUUCUGUUUUCUUUCUUUCUUUUUUUCUUUCCUUCCUUCUUUCUUUCUUUCUUUCUUUCUUUCUUUCUUUCUUUCUUUGCUUUGCUUUGCUUUGCCCCUGGUUCUUUUGCCACUUUCCUGAUUUUUUGUCGUCUUUCUUUCUUUCUUUCUUUCUCUCCACAAAAUCCGUAUCUAACAAUUUUCUUCUUUCCUUCCAGUCAACAGUCUUUCUUUCUUUCUUUCUUUCUUUCUUUCUUUCUUUCUUUCUUUCUUUCUUUCUUUGCAUUUGUCCCUAGUUCUUUUUUUACCGUCCGUUUGUCUUCUUUCCUUUUUUUUCCUUUCCCCCUUUCCUUCUCUCUCUCUCUCUCUGUUUGUUUAUUUGUUUGUUUCUUUCUUUUGGCCUUUGCCUUUGUCCCUGGUUCUUUUUCCACUUUCAUGUCAUUUUGCCCCCUUUUUUCAUUCUACCUUUUUUUCUUUCAACUUCUUUCCUUUCUUUUUCACUGA